AUCGUGCGGCUCAUUGUGCUGCAUCGCUUGCCAAUCGGUCGGUGGGUCUUCUUAGAUGGGCUGACCAACCACCACCUUCCUUGUCUUUGGUACUCAGAAACGAUGGCCUCCCCUGUCCUCACGAGGAGGUUGCAUGAACUGGCCACUGGAUGGUUUUUGGUGUUUUUGUUAAGAUUUCUUUCCUUUCUCUAUUUCUUCUGGGAAUAGAUGGUUUGUAAUCUCCCUUGAUGAUCUGUAUUUGGGCCUUUCGGCUCUGUUUGGGCUUUGCGCCUAAUGAAAUAUUUCAUUCCCCAAAAAAAUGAUCUAUACAUUAGUACCUAGAAACUGAACGGUUGAGAUGUGGAUAUGCGACCGAAAAGUGACUCAAACCCUAACCUCGCUCUGAAAUUUCAAAGCUAGACCUCGCCCUGGAUACGAUCUGUGUGUGUAUAUAUAUAUAAAAUUUCUAACACGUAGAAGCAUAUGGUUGUUUUUUGACCAAGUCUUCUAAUUAGCUAAUGGAAUACCUUAUCUCGACUUCAAGCUCCCCCAACUCUCUGCAGCUCCAUCUUAGAGUUGUAUUGGUACUGAUUGGAUCUUAGAGUUGAAACUACCACCAUGGGAACCCAAAGCCACCAGCUUCAUAUUGCUUUCUUUCCCUUCAUGGCUCAAGGCCACAUGAUCCCAGCCAUUCACAUGGCCAAGCUAUUUGUUUCCAGAGGUCUCGAAGCCACCAUCAUCACAACCCCUGCAGAUGCACCUUUCAUCCACAAGAAAAUUGAAAACUCAGGUACCCAGAUCCACAUUUACACAAUCAAAGUGCCUACUGUUGAGGUGGGAUUGCCAGAAAACUGUGAGAGCUUUCACUCUGCUACUUCGCCGAAAAUGCAAGCCAAGUUCUUCAAAGCCACAACUUUGCUUGGACCACAGCUUGAGCAGUUCUUGAAGCAAAAGAGACCCAAUUGCCUUGUUGCUGACAUGUUCUUUCCGUGGGCUACUGAUGUGGCAUCAAAGCUUGGGAUUCCGAUGCUCAUUUUCCAUGGAAUUAGUUACUUCGCCUUGUGCGCUACACUGUGUGUGCAUCAGUAUAAGCCUCACAACCAGGUUUCAUCUGAUUCAGAGCCUUUUGUUAUUCCUAACUUACCCGACAAGAUCGAGCUGAAUAGAAAGAAAAUUCCUGAUUUUGUUAGGGAUGGAGUUGAGAAUGAAUUUAAAAAUAUGCAUGAAGAAGCAAUGGGAGCACUAAGUAGGAGCUAUGGGGUUCUUGUUAACAGCUUUUCUGAACUUGAAUCCGCGUAUGCUGAUCAUUUUAGCAAGGUUUUGGGGAUAAGAUCUUGGCAUAUAGGCCCACUUUGGUUAGGUAAUGAGGGUGACAUUGAAGUUGAAGAUCAAAAAUGCUCUAUUGAUGUACACGAAUGCAUGAAGUGGCUUGACACAAAGAAGCCCAAUUCAGUUGUUUAUGUAUGCUUUGGGAGUUUGGCAAAUUUUGGUGAUGCUCAGCUCCUAGAAAUUGCAUUAGGUCUUGAGAGUUCAGGGUACCAUUUCAUUUGGGUUGUCAAUAAACAAAAGAAUAUUGAAGAAAACUGGUUGCCUCAAGGAUAUGAAGAGAGGAUUGAAGGGAAGGGAAUGAUUAUAAGAGGGUGGGCGCCGCAAGUGAAGAUUCUUUCACAUGAAGCAGUGGGAGGGUUUGUGACUCAUUGUGGGUGGAACUCGACACUUGAAGCAGUGUGUGCUGGUUUGCCCAUGGUGACAUGGCCUCUGUUUGCAGAGCAGUUUUACAAUGAGAAGUUGAUAACCCAAGUGCUUGGGAUCGGGGUUGGUGUUGGUGCUCAAGAAUGGACUAGAGUGGAUAGGGAGAUUGUGAAGAGUGAGAACAUAGAGAAGGCUGUGACAAAGGUGUUGGGUGAAGAAGCAGAGGAAAUGACAAGCAGAGCCAGGGGUUAUGCAAUAAUGGCAAGAAGGGCUAUUGAAGAAGGGGGUUCAUCUUACUCGGAUCUUAUUGGUUUGAUUGAAGAAUUAAGGUCUCAUGCCAUUACUAGAGGAACAAUUUGAAUUUAAAAAAUUAGAAACUGUGUAUAUAAUAUGAUUCUUAAAUUUUAUUAUGAAUUGAUGCUACCUAGAUGACAAACUGUAAUUACUGUAUAGUAGUUUUGAAAUAAUAUGUGGAAUGGAAUUGAAAGAUAUACA